GCUUCCGACGCUGGGGAAAAGAGCGGGAAAAAGUCACUGAUCUCUUUCUUGUUCCCAGGUUCUCCCCCACCCCCUCUAUCCGCACGUACAAUGGCCUCCAGCAAUGGCGAAGGAGAAACCAGAGUGCUGAUUGCACAUUCAGCUAAGGUGCCAUUUGUCCUCAAGGCACAGGCACGCGGUCGCUUGUUUUGGAUGCAAAUCAUUACAACUUUUUACAGAAUUCUGGCCGCGGGAAAGAAGCAAACAAAUCAUAGAAUACGUGACAAUGGUAUUGAUAGCAAUUCUUUUUCGUCUGAAGACUUUGACAAUUGCUUGUUGUCCCUUCGUCAUCCAAAAUCAGGAAAGCCGACCUCUUAUGUACUGUUAAAUGGAACCCUACAGGAAAUCCACUGGUUUAAGCAGCCCUUUGGCUCAUGGUUCGUUGGAGAUUAUGUUUGUGAAGAUGGAGGCCUGUAUGUCGCAACUCCAAUUGAUCCUGUUUUUAUUUUCUUGCCUAUUUUUGAGGAAGCUCGAAUGAAGAGGGGUGAUGAACUUGGGGUGUUUCGGAACCUAGAUGAAAUAUUGUUCGUCCAUGGUUAUCCAGCAUACUCUCACCUGCUUCCAUUUGUUGAAGAAUCCAUGCAUGUAGUCUGUGAAGUUAAAGAAGUUGGAUCGAUGAAGUUCUACAGGCUCGAUGAUUUGAAGGUUUUGGCUUGGUUAUGCCAGAAGGUUGAACAUCUUAAAUCAACAUUACCCACACUAAAUGAGAUGUACUCUCUUAGAGAUGAGAAAGACACAUUAAUGGAUGCUGUCUCUCUGUUGGGCGAGUAUUUGAAGGAUGAUCCUUGGCUGAAACAAUUGUGCCAGCACCUAAGGUUAAACAUGGAGGAAACUGACAAGAAAGCCCGGAUAAUUGAACCUGUGCCAUUUGUUUCAGAAGCUUCUCCAGUGCAAAACGGAAGGGAAAGGAAUACCCCAGGCAACAAAAAGCAGCCUAAGAAAAUGAAGGUUGAGACAGGAUCAAAGAACAUAAAAGACAUGUUCCGUAGCGCAUCAAAAAAAGGUACCUGAGGUGUAUGUGCUUGCGUGUGAGAGAGAGAGAGAGAUAGAGAGGCGAGCAACAGCAAAGGCGCACAUAAUCAACAAGCUAUCAAUAAAUUUUUAUUUUGCUAACCAUUCUGUCUAACUCAAUUUUGGACGAUCGGCAUACAAAUACAUCCUCAUGCUUGUUGAAGAGCCGAUUCAAGUAACGUGCGCAGAAAAUGACCUCAUCAAAAGCACUUUUUUCUUAUAGAAACAAGUUUGUGGUUUGAAUUCUUGGUGCUUGGCCUUCUAGUCAAAAUGAAAGGUCAUAUUGAUGACACUGCCAAUUUGGUUUUCUAGUAUUCGUCGAUAAGAUGGUUCAUGUGUUUAUGUUGAUCUUGUAUUCUAGCUUUUUGCCAGAGAACUACAAGCGCAAAUGUGCAGAGGGUGUACUUGUUAAU